CACGAGACACUGUACGGCACGAGCGCAGGCGUUUACCAGCUCGUGCAGACGAUUAAAAUGAUAAAGUUAAACUGUGUUAACCUCGACACGUUUAUGGAGAGGUUUACCCAACUAGAACAGACAGUGUCAGAGGUUAAUGGUAAAAACAGCAUGUUGGAGAUGAAGCUGGAGGAUGCUGACAGACUCGUUAAGUUUCAUCAGAGCAAAGAGGAAAGUCUGACUGAAGAGAGAGACUGCCUUUUUGUCACCGUGAACAAACUACAGCAGACUCUGCAGGAGCAGUUCAACCUCAGAGUGGAGAAUGAGAGACUGAAGAACAACAUGGCUGACCUCAAACAACAGAAUGAGACAAUAGCAGAGGACGGCAAAGCUGAGGUUCACCAGCUGGUCAGUGAAAUGAGAAGUGAAGCAGAGAGACACAAGAGGGAGCUAGAGACUGUGAGGCAGCAGUGCAGGAGAGAGGUGGAGGACGCUCACAGGCAGAGUUUCACACAGUUGGGAGCUAAAGAUGCGGAAGUAAAGAAGCUGCUGGAGGAAAAGAAUCUAGAACUGGAGGAGAUGAAGAAGAGACUGAGGGGCCAGGAGAGAGAGAGGCAGAGUGAGAUCCUCAAGUUACAGAUGGAGUUUGGUGCGAAGUUAGCCAGAGUUCAGAGUACAGCUCAGUGGAGCCAACAGCAGCAGCAACAACAGCACAGCUCCAACCUUCUUCCACAGAGUGUCUUCAAGAGGAAGCUCCAGUUCCUCCAGGAGGAGAAGAACAAGGAGAUUUCAUCUCUGCGUCAGAGAAUCAAAGAUCUGGAAGAGAAGCAGCACACCUGCAGCGACAACGACAGCCGUCUGAAGAGGAGAAAAUUCUAGUUUAUUUAGAGGCCAACAAGCUGUUGACCCGUCAGCUCUGCAGGGGCACAAAGUCCGACUGCCCGGGAGGCAGAAGUGACUAAAAUGUUUAGAAAGUUCCAGAUUUAUAGUUCAGUUUCACUUCAAACAAAACCCGAUUUGUUAGAGCUGUUGAGUUACAGAUUAUAUUAGGCCAUUUAAACAUCUUGUGCACUGUCAUGACUAGAUUUGCAGUUUCACCACGUUGCUUUCAGGUGACCAGUGUGCAGAGAGCACAUGUAAACAUAUUCCUGUCUAAGGCUUUAAUCCAAUCAGACGCCUGCAUGGGAGUGAGGUAGGGAAGUGUGGGUGUACUUUGGAGUGAAUCAAAAAGCUGGACGACCAUAUAUCCUUUCAUUCAAAGAAAAAAUAAAUAACUGAAGUAA